AUGAGUGCUGUCUCUGGUGUAAUUUCGCGUCAAGUUCUUCCAGCUUGUGGUACCCUUUGUUUUUUCUGUCCAUCCUUGAGAGCAAGGUCCAGACAGCCUGUGAAGAGGUACAAGAAGCUCAUUGCAGACAUUCUUCCUCGUAAUCAUCAGGAAGGGGCAAAUGAUAGGAAAAUAGGAAAAUUGUGUGAUUAUGCUGCUAGAAAUCCUUUACGCAUCCCAAAGAUAACUAGUGCCCUUGAACAAAGGUGCUACAAGGAACUGCGAAAUGAGAAUUUCCAUUCAACAAAAAUAGUCAUGUGCAUUUACAGGAAAUUGCUGUUUUCUUGUAAAGAACAAAUGUAA